UCCAUUUUUCUUUGCAUAUCAAGGCCCUAAAAUUUCUACAUGACAGACACCGCCUUCGUUGCCAUAGGGCAAUCGAAGCACAACAAAGCUGAAAAAAAUAAAAUCUUUACACUCAGACAAGGUUUAAGGAGGGUUUAAGGCGGCUACUGCUUCCCUUUCUCUACCAUUUUUUUUUCUUCGAACAUUGCUUUUCUCAAACCCAUUUUCUCUUGUCUUGAAAUUUGACCAAUCUAAAAUUUCGCGCUUCAUUUUCAAUUUCACCUUUUAUUUGUUUGUACUUUUGAUGUCCAUCAUCAAAACACCAUUAAUUUCUUCUAAUCUUUUAGACAGAUUCGAUCACUUUAUUCCCUUUGAUAAUAAUAAACCCACAACUCUUUACCAAAACCCUCUAAAGAUUUCCAAAGUUAUGUGGAGAAACAUAGCUAAACAUGCCAUUUCAAGAAGAACCCAUAGUUUUCAAUGGUUUCCCAGAACUUAUAUCUUUCUGGCUGUUUCUCAUGAUUCAAUUUUUCAUGAGAAAUCAGCGUUUUGGGGUUUAAAGUUUGGAUCUUUUUGCUCAAACUCAAGGUCUUUUGAUAUGGGAGGUAGAAGAAUUGGUGAGGUUUUAGCUAAUGAGAAGUAUAUAGGGAAGCCAAGUUUUGGGCUUUGGAGGAAUGAGAUUGGGUGCAGUGGGUUGAGCCCAAGAGGGUAUGCGAGUGUGGCAGAGGCAAUUUCAUCGACUGAUGUUGAAGAGGAUGUGUCUGUUGCUGAAGAAAUUAAAGAAUUGUUGGAUGAAAUAAAGAAAGAAGGUAGGAGAGAGAAUGGAAAUAGGCGUAGAAUUCGCCAAAUAAUAGAGAGAGGAAUGGGGGAAAGCAAAUAUCGGUUAUUGAGAAGCAGGCAAGUGAAGAUUGAGACUGAGGCAUGGGAACAAGCUGCUAAUGAGUAUAGGGAACUUUUGAUGGAUAUGUGUGAGCAUAAAUUGGCACCCAAUUUGCCUUACAUGAAGUCUUUGUUUCUUGGCUGGUUUGAGCCUUUUCGUGAUGCUAUUAUUAAGGAGCAAGAGUUGUAUAGGUCAGGGAAACUUAGGGCGGGUUAUGCCGCUUACUUGGAUCAGUUGCCUGCUGAUAUGACGGCGGUUAUCACAAUGCAUAAGUUGGUGGGGCUGCUGAUGACUGGAGGGGAACAUGGCUGCGCUCGGGUUGUGCAGGCUGCUUGCCUGAUAGGUGAUGCCAUUGAGCAGGAGGUUAGAAUACACAAGUUCUUGGAGAAAACAAAGAAAAAAAAGGUUGACAAAAAGAAUGAAGAUGAAGACGAUGAAUCUGAUGCUGCAAUUAAGGUACAAGAGCGGUUGAGGAAAAAGGUAACCAAUUUAAUAAAGAAACAAAAGCUACCAGCUGUGAGGCAGAUAGUGGAGGGGCAGGACGACACAAAACCCUGGAACCAGGAUGCUAAGGCUAAGGUUGGAAGCCAUCUUAUUGAGUUAUUGACGCAAAGUGCUUAUAUACAGCCUCCAGCUGAUCAGUUAGCUGAUUGUCCACCAGAUAUUCGUCCUGCAUUUCGGCAUUCUUUCAAAACUGUAGUAAAAGAAAACAAGAAAACUGGCAGAAGAUAUGGUGUUAUUGAAUGUGACCCACUAGUUCGCAAAGGGCUGGAGAGAACUGCAAAGCACAUGGUAAUGCCUUAUAUGCCAAUGUUGGUGCCCCCAGUCAAGUGGACAGGUUAUGACAGGGGAGCAUACUUAUUCUUACCUUCCUACAUUAUGCGCACACAUGGAGCUAAACAGCAACGCGAAGCUGUCAGGAGAACUCCUGGGAAGCAGCUAGAAAAAGUCUUUGAGGCUCUGGAUACACUUGGAUAUACCAAAUGGAGGGUAAAUAAGCGGAUUCUUAGUGUUGUAGAUAGAAUAUGGACUAGUGGAGGCCGUCUUGCAGAUUUGGUGGACCGCAAUGAUGUUCCCUUACCAGAGAAGCCAGAUAGUGAGGAUGAAGCAUUGCUGAGGAAGUGGAAGUGGAAAGUCAAAUCUGUGAAAAAGGAAAACAGAGAGAGGCAUUCACAGCGUUGUGACGUAGAGCUUAAACUUGCUGUAGCUCGGAAAAUGAAAGAUGAAGAAGGUUUUUAUUACCCUCACAAUGUAGACUUUCGAGGGCGUGCGUAUCCCAUGCACCCGUAUUUGAAUCAUCUUGGUUCAGAUCUUUGUCGGGGUAUUUUGGAGUUUGCAGAGGGUCACCCUCUUGGAAGAUCAGGCUUACACUGGCUGAAAAUACAUCUUGCAAAUCUGUACGCUGGCGGGGUGGACAAAUUGUCUCAUGAGGGUCGAUUGGCUUUCACUGAGAAUCAUCUGGAUGACAUAUUUGACUCUGCAGACAAACCACUUGAAGGAAGGCGAUGGUGGUUAAAAGCAGAAGAUCCAUUUCAGUGCUUAGCUGUGUGCAUUAAUCUCACUGAAGCUUUGAGAAGCUCCUCUCCUGAGACAUUUCUUUCACAUAUACCUGUGCAUCAGGAUGGUUCUUGCAAUGGUUUACAACACUAUGCUGCACUUGGAAGAGACAAGUUGGGGGCAGCUGCGGUCAAUCUGGUUGCAGGUGAGAAACCAGCAGACGUGUACUCAGGAAUAGCUGCUAGAGUACUUGAUAUCAUGCGGAGGGAUGCACAGAAGGAUCCUGCAGUUUUUCGAGAUGCAUUGCAUGCAAAAGCAUUGGUUAACCAGGUGGAUAGGAAACUGGUGAAGCAGACAGUGAUGACCUCAGUCUAUGGUGUAACUUACAUUGGUGCACGAGAUCAAAUCAAGAGGAGGUUGAAGGAACGUGAUGUAAUCACUGAUGACAAAGAGCUCUUUGGUGCUUCUUGUUAUGCUGCUAAGACAACCUUAAUUGCCUUAGGAGAGAUGUUUCAAGCUGCACGUGCUAUCAUGAACUGGCUUGGUGAAUGUGCAAAGAUAAUUGCAUCUGAAAAUCAGCCAGUCAGCUGGACAACUCCACUUGGACUUCCUGUUGUACAACCAUACCGAGUAUUUGGAAGGCAUCUUGUAAAAACUUCUCUUCAGGUUUUAACACUGCAACGUGAAACUGAAAAGCAUGUCAAACCAGAUUCUAAGACAAGCUGCUCUUAUGACUGAAAGGGCUAGUCCCAGAAUCACACGAUUUUAGUGUAAAAGUGCCAAGAGAGGAAAAGGAAAAAUGCAAGAGAGAAUGGGAUGUUACGCUAUGCUUGAGGAGUUUGAUGGGAAGCAGAUUUUACAAGAUGCAAAAAUCAUUUUUCUUAAUUUAUGUUUAAUAGCUUAAUUGUUAUGAUACUGAUUAUUAAAAAAGGUACAGGCACAAUGAGCUUACUGCUUGCUUAUCCCACUAUUUCUUGUGGAAAUUGGAUGUUUAUAUAUUAUAUUGUUAUGGACAUUAUCUUAUAACUCUAUAUUUUUUGCAUAAAGUAGGACUGAGAGUUUAACUUGCACACUAAUAAAUUUAAGACUUUUGAAAUUGCACUAUAUGAAUUCUUCUUAUCAAGUUUUUCUAUACACACACUCUUCCGCGCGUGCACACACACAUUUAGGUGGCCAACCAUGGGACUGAUUGGCCAUGACAAUCACUAUGCCAAUCUUCAGCUAUUUUGGAACUCCAUACGAUGUUUUCACUGUCAACUUUCUAGCUUCACUCUUAACUCUUUUAAUGCACAUGUACAUUCAUUUCAUCUUAUUGAGGACGCUAAGCUAUAAUAGACUUUGUGGUGAAGUUUGCCUGGUAGCUGGACCUUUUAUUGACAUGGUUAUACUUGCCUAUGCCCCAAAUGUUAAACCUGAUGAU